AUGUCAGCCAACACCGACUCUGCUUCCCAGGACGUACCCUCGGUUUCUUCUCCGGGUGCCGAGCCUGUUUCUAAACCCAAAGGUAAAACCCUUGUGGAACCAACUGCCAUGGAUAUAAUACCGGCCAAACCCAAUUAUAACCAUGAAUUUGCCGUUGAGAAGGCAGUGCAAAUUGCGGAUAGGGGCUUGCCCAAGGGAUCUGUGGAGCCACGAACCGCACCAACGGCUGAGCCUGCCACACCGGGUGUGGAGGAUGAAGUUCCUUUUCCACCGGUUACCGAGUAUGUCCAAGCUGCGAUUCCUCUAAGGUCAAUUGAAUUUAUUGACAUUUCAGGUGAUGUUUCACCCGAGGCGACGCCUUUGGUGAAGAGGCCUAGAAGGUCCGAAACAACCUUGGAAAUCGAGUCUUCCCAAAGGGUUGAAACGAUCCUAGAAGUUGAAGUUACCGCGGCAACCGACCCGUCGUCUAGUGCCGACCCAGCCAUUGCGACCGAGGUACUUCCAACUGCUGACACUGCUAGAGCUGUUCCGGCUUCUCCUCCUGCUCCUUCAUCGAGGCCGGAUAACCUCGAUGAUAUGCUUGCCGGUACUCCUCCUGCCACGGCCGAAGCCUCGGGUUUUGGUCAUCUUCAUAUUCCACGAGCUACGAGGGUUGCCAACCGGUCCACUGAAACAGGUGCGCGGUCAAAACUUGUUGACAUUUUCCCAGCCCCGAGCGUAGAACCGAGGAGGACUAGGUCGGUUGUGGUCACCGUCCCCGAGGACUGCAGCUUUUUAUCGCGUCCCGUGGGGGUUGCAAGUUACCUAAGACCUCUUAUUUCAGAUUCAGACAAGGAAAAGAUGGAGGGACUCCCAUGGCAAUGUCUUAUAAACGAGGGCAUGCAUGCGGGUAAUCGGAGUGUUGUGCUUGUAAAUGAAGGCUUCAUCCGAGCCCAACGCGAAGUAGAGGACUUGAAGGGUCAGCUUGAUGCUCAGAGCCGGGAAACUGAGAAGUUUAAGCUGCUUUUGCAGGAAAAGGAGGACCAGCUGAGCCGGGCAGUCCCUCCUCCGAACCUUCAAUCCGAGCUUGAGGCAGCUAAAGCUGAUAACCUCCGUUUAAAGGCUGAACUUGAUGAUGCGGUUGAAAAGAAUCGGCUCCUGGAACAGGAUAACAUAAACCUUGGCCGAGAUAAUGCCAAUUUUGCUACGAGGCUCGGCGAAUUUGAGGCUACUAUCGCCCAGCUUCGAGGUGAGCUUAACUCGAUCAAGGCCGAUGCCGAGAAGGCGGCAGAAAAAUUUCACCAGCUCGAAACCGAGAGAGCCACCGAGAGAGAGAAGCUGAGGGUAUUAGAGGAGAAAGUCGAGACUCGGGCUCGGGCCGUUGAUGAACUUAAAAGCAAGCUCGAGGAGGCUACUGCGGCCAAUGAUCUUCUUCAGACCGAGCUUGAAUCCGUCAACCAGGUUCGAAUCACUCUACUUGAGGCGAAGUUCGAAUUGGAAGAGAACCUGAAAAAAGCUGAGGCCGAUCUGGAAGAGUCUCUCAAAGAUAUGGAGGCUGCCGAGGCUCACACUACGCUUUCGAUCGAGUAUGAACGUUGGAAAUCCCGGCGAGUUACCCUCGAGCAAGUAGAAAGGGGUUUGGGGGACAUCCGGGCCCGGAUACUUGAAGCCAAAGCUAUCGAGGAUAAGGCCAAAAAAGCCCUCGAUGCCAGCUCCGACGAUGACUCCGAGAAGACCGUUUCUGAGGAUUCCGGCUCCAAUCAUACUGGGUAG